CGGGCGGCGGUGAGGCCGCUCCGGUGGGGCUGCUGCGGUGGGGCUGCUGCGGUGGGGCUGCUCCCUGCCCGCACAGGUGACACCGCUCCGGUGACACCGCUCCGGUGACACCGCUCCGGUGACAGCGCGGGCGGAGCAGCCGCCGCCCCGGCGAAGCGCCCGCGGCUCCGGACGCGCGUGCCCCGCCCUGUCCCUCCCCGCGGACUCCAGCGUGUCCCUGGGGACAGGCGAGGGACCUGCCCUGCUCUGUGCCCGGCCCGCCUGCGGAGGAAACCCGGGGGAAAAACCCGCACAUUUGGGUCUGUUGAGCACCGCGGCAGGUCGGCUUAAUACUCUACACAGAAAGUGAGGCCGAAUAACGUGCACAUGCCGAGUACUGGAGGAGAGGCUGAAGGACAUCCUGUUUUGUUUCAGCAGUGUUGUUAUUCUUUGGGGUGAAAUGAAGAGUUUGAUUUUGUUUUGGAAACACUCAUAUUUCUGAUGCAACUGAACUUCCGUAACCUUUUUGCAGUACAGAUUUCAAGAAAUAAUUUUUUUCUUCUUGAACAAAGAUGCAGAACUUGUCGGUGGUAGAAAGUCUUGGUGGUACGGACAUACCACACUGUGAGCUUCCAAAAGACCUGGCAGCUGAGGCAGGUGGCGUGUCUCUCCAUGAAAGUGGCUGUAACUGGAAUGGAAGAACAAGUAGAGAAGAAAUUGUUAAUCUUGAAGCAAUGCAGCAAAGCCUCCCUGUAACGAACAGCGAAGGGAGAAGUCGUGAGGAGUUUUCUGAGAGCAGCUUUAGUACCUCAGAACCCAGUGGCUCCUGGGGUGAUUUUGAAGGCUUCAGGGAGCCCUUAGACAAACCAGAGAGAUUCAGUGAUAACCUUGAGGUUUUGGUGAAGUCAGCAGGAGCCAGGGGAGCCGAUCCGGACCUCAGCGUUUCUGCUGCUCACCUGAGCGCUGAGCCAUCUCUGUGCCAUGGGAUGCAGCAGGCUCCGGGCUCGCGGGGUGAGGAAGACCACAGCUAUGAGGAGAUAUUUAAGUUGGGCUUUCCAGAAGUCUUUGUACCACAGUCCAGAGAGUGCAUAACAAGCUUAGAGCAAGUUCUUGAGGCAAAAAAUGAAGAUGUUUGGAUUCCUGAACUUUUGAAGAAUCAACUUUGCAUGGAUUCUGGAAACGUAUGGAGAGCACUCAGAGACUUUGAUAAUACCCCCAGCUCAAGACAUCCCUGGAGUAAAUCUCAUUGCCAGGAAAACCUCUGGAGUGUUCUCGGAGUAGAUGCAAAUCACAAGGACAUUUCAGAGAACCAGGCUGAUAUUUUUGAGGAAUCAAAUGUCAAAGAUAAUGAGGACUUUAGAUUUGAUGGAUUCAGUGUUAAUGACUGCAAAGCAUUGAUCCAGACCAAGCUUUCUGUGUCACCAGACUCCAGACAUGGUCACUUUUUCAACUGUAACCUCUUUUUGAAGACCACAUCAUCAAAUGAAAACACACAGUGUAUAACAAUCCCAAGGAAGAAGCAGAUUUUUUCUACGCACAAUCUAAAAAUGAAAUUUUUCAGUAGUGAUGUUUGUUGAACUAAAUGCAAUUUUUAGCCUUUUUUUUUUUUUUUUAACUGAAUGCAGUUUACCUUCGUUUUGUUACUGACUUGGUACUUUAGAUCACAGACAUUCUUCAGGAAAGUGACAUAUUGCUGUAUAUGAGGGACCUAAGGCCAUGUUAUUAGAAGAUAUUUCUCCUGUUUAGUUGAGAAGUCAAAUUUUGUAAUUUUGCCCUGCUAAGUUUUGCUGCAGAGUCGUGUCUCUUACAGUAAAUGCUGCUUCAAGAUAACUCUGGUGGACUCUCCUGAACUACUGACCUUUCAGACCUUAAUGCCUCUUCAAUCAAAACCCUUCUUUCCCUGCCAAAAUCUGCACAAUCUCAGAUGUGUUGCAACGUGCCUUGUCACCAUCUCUCCUCAUUCUUGCUCCAGUUUGGAUCAGCUGAGACCUGUGGCUUUGCCACUGCUGGGUGUAAUGAGAAGAGCCUUCUUCAUCUGGGGACUUUCAGUGGGGUUUAGCAGAAUAAAAGUGUUUUAAUUCCUG